AUGCCAACUGGCAGACUCGCGAAAUGGCAAAUUUUGCUCACUGAAUUUUACAUUAUAUAUGUCACUCGCACUGCAAUGAAAGCCCAAGCUUUGGCAAACCACUUGGCAGAGAACCCAGUCGAUGGUGAUUACAAACCAUUGGAUACAUAUUUUCCAGAUGAAGAGAUUAACUCAAUUGAGGAAGUAGGUUCAAAUGGAAAUCAAGCCUGGCAAUUGUACUUUGAUGGAGCAACCAACACAAAAGGCACGGGGAUUGGGGCAAUUUUAAUAUCGCCCACAGGGCAACAUUACCCUGCAACAGCUCAACUUCGUUUCUUUUGUACAAAUAACACGACUGAGUAUGAAGCUUGCAUCAUGGGUCUAAAUAUGGCAAUAUAUUUGGGUGUGCAAGAAUUAAUUGUGUUGGGAGAUUCUGGUUUGCUUAUCCGACAAGCUCAAGGCGAAUGGAAAACUAGAGACCUCAAGAUCCUUCCAUACAGACAAUAUGUGGAAGAUAUUAGCAAAAGGUUCAUGUGCAUUGAGUUUAGAUACAUCCCCAGGUUUCAUAAUUAUUUGGCCGAUGCCUUGGCUACUUUGGCCUCAAUGCUUCCCUAUCCUCGAAACACCUACAUCACCCCAUUAAAGAUUCAAGUUCGGGACCAACAUGGCUAUUGUAAUACAGUGGAAGCAGAACCUGAUGGGGAGCCAUGGUACUCAGAUAUCAAGAAUUUUUUGAAGACAGGGAGAUGCCCCGAACAUGCCAACAGAAGCCAAAAAAGAACUAUUAGAUGUCUGGCUAUUGGUUUCUUUUUGAGCGGGGAUGUUUUGUAUAAACGAAUUCCGGAUCUAAAUUUAUUGAGAUGCGUUGAUGCUGAAGAAGCCGAGAAAAUUAUGAAUGAAGUGCACGCUGGGGUAUGUGGACCACACAUGAAUGGAUAUGUCCUUGCAAAAAAGAUACUCUGGGCGGGGUAUUAUUGGCUUACCAUGGAAAGGGAUUGCUUUCACUUUGUGAAAAAAUGUCAUCAAUGUCAAAUCCAUGGUGAUCUUAUUCAUUCACCUCAUUCAGAGUUGCACCCCAUUGCUUCUCCUGGGCCCUUUGUUGCAUGGGGAAUGGAUGUAAUCGGACCAAUUGAGCCAAAAGCCUAUAAUGGACAUCGAUUCAUUUUGGUUGCAAUUGAUUACUUCACCAAAUGGGUGGAGGCGAUAACUUUCAAAGCAGUCACUAAGAAGGCGUUCAUGGUUUUGUUCAUUCAAACAUUAUUUGUCGAUUUGGUAUCCCAAGAGCUAUCAUCACAGAUAAUGCUGCAAACCUCAAUAGUAAUAUGA